AUGGCGUCCAGUGAAGAGGAGGGCAUGGCUUCGAGCAAGCUGCGGACAUCCAAGAAAGGAGCGGCCGCGACGAACAAGACGGACGCUUUCAGUCUCGUCCCUUCUGCCGAUACGAUGUCUUCUGCCGCCACGGAUACUGUUGGCAGUGUUAUGGACCCUAACAGCCAAGUAGCUUCUGCCAACAUGACGACCGCUACCACCAGUCCGACUGCUGCCGAUUCGGCUACCUCUGCCGAUACCAAGUCGAUGUCCUCUACCAAUGCGACGACUUCUACAAACCCGCCAACCCCUGUGGUUCACCCACAUUCCACCUACACGGACACUAUUCGUGGCGUGGUGAAGCCGAACAGUUCCACAACGUCACCUACCUCUGCGAACGCCUCGAAUUUUCCGCAGGACGACUCCAAACGCCACAUCUUCCCCUUCUUCGACUUGCCUCGAGAGCUUCGCGACAUGGCGUAUGAUAAGAUGCUUAUCUCGUCCGUGAGCAAGAAGCUCCCGUGCCAGCUCCAAAUCACAGUCGUCAACAUGGCAGAAGUGAAGCUCAUGACUAUUAACCGACAGUUCGCACACGAGUACAAGGAGCGUGCUGAGAAGGAACAAGCCACAACUUUGACCGAUGGACCUGAUGUGGACUUGGACGACUUGAGUACAGACGUUAUGCCGCUGCCAACCCUUCUGAGAGCAACCAAGAUACUGAAGAUCGACAUUGCUGGCGGUUCAUGGUCUCUCUCGCGGCACAAAAGCCGGAUAUCAACCAUCGCCGCUGCUAAUUCACAUCUCACGUCGCUCUCUGUCAAAAUUGUCCUUACGUAUCGGGGGUUUAUGGGGAAUGUCCGCGAAUUAUUGCGAGACCUCGCCACCGUGCAGAAGUUGGUUUCACUUGAAGUCUUCGCAGAGGACAUGAGAUACGAGGUUUUCGACUUCGAAUACCAAAACUUGCUGGUACUAAGAUGGUCUGCUGAGAGUGGCUUAUGGGAGACGUUCGAACCGGCAGGGGUACAACACGCUCUCGCCAGGCUGGUGGAAAAGUUCUGA